AAAAUAUUAAUAAUAUGGUGGGAACAAACCAUAUUUUAAACCAUAUAUACCAAAAAGGAAGUAGCUUUCCUCAAGAUCAUUUAGUUGCAGCCAUGGCUUCUCAUGCAGCUUUGGCUUCUUCAAGAAUUCCUACAAGCACAAGGCUUCCUUCCAAUAAGAACUCCUACUCAUUCCCCACACAAUGUUUAUCCAAGAAAUUUGAAGUAGCUGAAUUUUCUGGUCUUAGAUCAAGUGGAUGUGUGACAUUUUCCAACAGAGAGUCUUCUUUCUUUGAUGUUGUCUCUGCUCAACUCACUCCAAAGACCACAGGAUCAGCCCCGGUUAAGGGAGAAACUGUUGCUAAAUUGAAGGUUGCUAUCAACGGUUUUGGUAGAAUUGGUAGGAAUUUCCUCCGAUGCUGGCAUGGUCGCAAAGACUCACCACUUGAUGUUGUGGUUGUCAAUGACAGUGGCGGUGUCAAGAACGCAUCUCACUUGCUAAAGUAUGAUUCAAUGCUGGGAACAUUCAAAGCUGAUGUCAAAAUAGUGGAUAAUGAAACCAUUAGUGUUGAUGGAAAGCACAUCAAGGUUGUUUCUAGCAGGGAUCCCCUCAAGCUUCCUUGGGCUGAACUUGGCAUUGACAUUGUUAUUGAGGGAACCGGUGUGUUUGUUGAUGGUCCAGGUGCUGGGAAGCAUAUCCAAGCUGGUGCCAAGAAAGUUAUCAUCACUGCACCAGCAAAAGGUGCUGACAUUCCAACCUAUGUUGUUGGAGUGAACGAGCAAGACUACUCUCAUGAGAUUGCCAACAUCAUAAGCAAUGCCUCUUGCACCACUAACUGCUUGGCUCCAUUUGUGAAAGUCAUGGAUGAAGAACUUGGAAUUGUGAAGGGUACAAUGACAACAACUCACUCUUACACCGGAGAUCAGAGGCUUCUUGAUGCUUCACACCGUGACUUAAGGAGAGCGAGAGCAGCAGCAUUAAACAUUGUCCCAACCAGCACUGGUGCAGCCAAGGCUGUGUCUUUAGUGCUACCUCAGCUUAAGGGAAAGCUGAAUGGCAUUGCUCUCCGAGUGCCAACACCUAAUGUCUCAGUUGUUGACCUCGUUGUCAACGUUGAGAAGAAAGGAAUUACAGCUGAGGAUGUGAAUGCAGCUUUCAGAAAGGCUGCUGAUGGUCCACUGAAAGGCAUAUUAGAUGUGUGUGAUGCCCCUCUUGUUUCAGUUGACUUCCGAUGCUCUGACGUUUCAGCCACCAUCGACUCCUCCUUGACCAUGGUCAUGGGAGAUGAUAUGGUCAAGGUUAUUGCUUGGUAUGACAACGAGUGGGGAUACAGCCAAAGAGUUGUGGACUUGGCUCAUCUAGUAGCAAGCAAAUGGCCAGGUGUUGCAGCACCAGGAAGUGGAGACCCAUUGGAUGAGUUCUGUGAGACAAAUCCUUCUGAUGAGGAGUGCAAAGUCUAUGAAUAAGACAUUUUUGUUAUAUUAAUUCCUCUUUUGAGAUGGAUGAUUUAGAACAACAGUAGUUUUGUUAUCUGCAUAUUUAAUGUGUAAAACUGAGUGGGAAGUCCCAUUAGCUUAAGACAAUAAUAUCACAGUGGUAUGAAUUCUUUCUAUAUCGAUUUAAUCGAGACUGAAAAUAAAUGUGAUGCAAUUUGACGAGAUA